AGUUCCUCUACGGACAACCAAACUCUAUCUGCCGCACACUGAGACUCACACAGUUUUAUACUUAAGGUGGAAAGAAGACCGAACAGAUGAGGACCCAUGGGAGAUUUGACAGGUGCACCUGCUAAAUGAAGAUUAUUUAUGCUUUACAUAUAUCUAACUGAAGGUCAACGGUGCUGAACUGAACCAAGGCUGCAAAAUGACAGCUGCCACAAAGCUUCUGGAUGAGAUGUGUCAUCUGUCUGUUCAGUCUUUGAGACCAAUGAACACAUCGGAGCACUUUAAGGUCCUAAAGCUCCUGGGUGAAGGCUCGUAUGGCAAAGUCAUGCUAGCUGUACACAAGCAGAACGGUACACCGAUGGCUCUGAAGUUCUUCCCUCGAGAGUCCACAUCUCUUUUCUCUUUCCUGAAGGAGUACAACCUCUCUCUGUCGUUCUGCACCCACCCGUCCCUGACCAGAGCGCUGGGAAUUGCCUACUCCACACCAUCACACUACGUCUUCGCUCAGCAAGCAAGCCUCUUUGGUGAUCUGUACAAUGUCAUCUUGCCUGAGGUUGGUAUGGAGGAGGACUGUUGUCAGCGGGUGGUGUCCCAGCUGUGUGGGGCUCUAUCCCACCUGCACUCUCUUGGCUUUGUACACCGGGAUGUCAAACCAGAGAACGUCUUUCUGUGCGACUCCGCCUGCCGCUGGGUCAAGCUUGGAGACUUUGGCAUGGUGAAGGCCACAGGCACCAGAGUCCCGGAGGUCUGGUACAGCUCCCCUUACUGCACCCCUGAGGCGGAAAUCGCUCGUGGAAAUGAGGAUAGUUGGGGGAGCAUUAGUGACGGGCGUGAUGCCGUUAAAAAAGACAAAGAGAAUAAAAAUAAUGAAAGGGUCUGGGUUUCUGUCGAGCCCAGCACGGACAGCUGGGCCCUGGGUAUCUUGACCUACGCCAUGCUGACCGGCAGUCAUCCCUGGGCUGAAACAGCCAGCAAUUGCGGCUCAUACCUGAAGUUUAGGGAAUGGUUUGACAGAUCAGAGGGACCCAAUGAUUUACUGAACGUGUGGGCAGAGCCACAAAGGGAGAGUGCACAGGAGGUCAUUGAUUUAUACGAGACAGAACUAGAAAAGGAAGAUCGACCUCCAGUUGCGGCCCAGUUUGCAUGUUUCACCCCGCUGGCCUGCUCCUUCUUCCAGUCGCUUCUAGACCCCAGGCCAGGGUUUCGCGGUCAACCUGAGAUUGCGCUGAAUUAUCUUGGAGGGGACUGGGUGAUGGAGAAGGAAAGGGUGAGGCUGGAGGAGGAGAGGAAGAAGAGCAGAGGGAAAGGACCAAUCAGGAACAUGAAAGAAAUGGUGGGGAAAGAAGAGAGAUAAGGAGUCAUAAUAAUGAGAACGCUGGUAAAUGAUGAAGCAAACGUAGCAUAGCAAACAUAUUUUAUAUUUUGUCAUAGGCUAUUGUGCAAUAAGUU